UUUAAGUUUUGUUUAGAACGGUCUUAGCAGUUAACCGUUUCAAACGAACUACUUUUAUAGGUACCUACCCUAAGCGUAAUGUUACAGGAGGUUAUUUCCAAAUGGAGGUACAGACAAUACAUGUACUGCAUUGCUGCAUUGGUAUGCGUGACUGCCUCUGAAAUUCAUGGAUCAUGGACUUCUCCAUUUAUCCCUCAACUGGAAUCUGAAGAUUCUCCGAUCGGAGUUCAAUUAACUACCAUAUCAGCAAUGUACAUUGGAGAAAUUGCCGACAACGAUAAUAGAGGUAGAAUGGGUUAUUUUAAUGUUCUAUCAAGCACUUGCGGAUCUGUUAUCGGACUGGUGAUAGGUCCUUUCGUAUCCUACAGAAUUUUUGCAAUUAUAGCAAUAUGUACGGUAGUAUUUGCAUUUAUUUGCCUUCUACUGAUUCCGGAAACGCCCUAUUUCCUCAUUAGAAAACAUAAACAUAAAAAUGCGGAAGCAAUAGUAUGGAAACUAGCGAGCAACUCCUCUGAUAAAGAAUUUGUCAAUAAGAGACUGGAGGAAAUCAUGGAAUCUGUACAGAAAGAUAUGACAAAUAAAUCAUCAAUUAAUGAACUUCUUUGCAGUGGGAAAUACAUUAAAUGUAUAUGUAUUCAUGGUUGUUUAAAUAUGCUUUUAUACAUGUCUGGUAGCUCGAUCAUAAGAUCGUAUUUGCAGACAAUACUCAACGCAAGUGAAAGCUCAAUAUCAUCCAAUCUUUCAAGUUUGAUUUUUGGAAUAGUAAACAUCAUUGCUGUAUUUUUUUCUGGCCAAGUGGUGGAUCGAUUGGGAAGGAAGCCCCUUUUACUUACCUCUUGCAUCGUCAGUGCGAUUUCUAUGUUUAUUCUUGGGGCCUACUUUUACAUUAACGAAACGAAAUCUUUUAAUAUGGCGGUUGUGACAUGGCUGCCAUUGACUAGUCUAGUCGUUUAUGAAAUAUUCAUUGCCGUUGGUAUUAGUCCCAUACCGCAGGUCGUCACUUCUGAACUGUAUCCAAUCAAUGUCAAAGGUAUUGCGAUAGGAACGGUAGGAGCAAUCCUGGCUCCUAUUGCUGUUCUCGUUCAAAUGUCAUACGAACCUUUGAACAACUUUUGGGGAUUAUAUGGUUCUUUUUGGAUGUACUGCGUAUGCUGUAUUUUGGGCAUUUUCUUUACCAUAUUCUUGUUACCCGAAACCAAAGGAAAAUCUUUUCAACAAAUACAAAUGGAAAUCAAUAAGAAGCGAGUCGACACUGAAGGUGUAGUACAUAAUAGCAAAAUAUAAGAAAUUGCUAUUUGGUCUAAUGUACAGUAAUCCCUGUGGUGAUUUUUGUUACUUAGUUUAGAUAGUUCUAAAUUAUUGUAGCUUUAGUGAAUUAAGUAACAGUGAGGCAUCUACGUUUAUUGGAGUUUGCCAGGAUAUAAGCCUUACAAGAACUAUAAUUUAUGUAAAAAGAGGAACAAUGAUGGCAUAAUAAUGUUUAAAAUUAUUUGUCAAAUGCAAGAUUGUAUUUUAUUAGGUACUAUCCGAACCCGCCCAGAAAACAUCCUGCUAAAUCCUUGCGGAAAAUGGCUCUCAGUUAAACUCUUUAAAACUUUGGAUUCUGGUAGUUCUCGAUGUAUAGAUCAAAAAACUCAAUGGGCGCUAAGUCGUAAAAACUCGUCUAUUUUAGAUAUGCGCCCUUAAAGUUACAUUCUUUUGUAAUGACUUCUAAGGUUCAGUUGAACUUAUUGAAUACAUUCAAAUGUAGGUGUUGUUGUGUCUUAUUACACCUCUAAGCAAACCAACUUUCUUUACCCAUAAGUACGCUAUGAAAUUGAGAUGUAAUUAUUACAAUGUUGCUGGUCCAAAACCAUGGCACAUUCUUAAAAUUGUACAUCAACAUCAAUGUACGCAUAUGUACAUAGAUACUAAAACGUAUUCAAUAUAAUACGUAUUGUAGGUAUAAUUGCACCUUUGAAGUCCUUAUGAAAGAAUGCAACUUUAAGGGACCUUAUCUCAAAAAGAUGAGUUUUUACGACUUAGAUCGAAUCGAGACUUUUGAUUUACAUGUCCAGCAUUAGUAGCUACAUCGGUCAUUACGAACAGUAAUCUAGUCAAGGUCUACUUCCAUCCCUGUUAACUUCUGCUUCUACUUCUAAUACGUCUCUAGCUACCCCUGCAAACAGAACACUGAAGAUACCAACUGUUAGACAUGGAGAAAUAUUUACUGUAACUAUUCUUAUAGUUGGGAUGUUUAAAAUUGGCAUAAUCGCAUUUACUUUUUCUCUUUCAACUUACUAAAGAUACUAGAGCGGUUGCUGACAGAAUUUCCACUGUUACUCACGAUAGACACUGUGGGGAAUAUCGUAAACAUGGAAGAGAGAUGCCAGGUAGGAAUUGCAGCGGCCACUAACAAAGAAAAAGCAAUAACAU